AUAUAUAUAUAUAUAUUACGAGCGUAUCAUAGAGAAAGAUAUUUUGUUGCAUACGUGAAUAGAUGUUGUAAUAUUAAUGAAAUUUCAAAUAGACAUUUAGGGCGUUAUUUCAUGUUACUUUAUGCGUCUGUUAAAAAUCGUCAUUUGUUCUUUGAACCGGUCAAAGAUAUUUUUAUGAUCGAUGGCGUGACGUUAUAAUAACGCACAUAACCUCUUGUGGGCAAUGACGGCCCAUCGUUCGAUUUAAUUUACACGUAACAUUAGUAUAAUGUCAUUACGAUUAGAAAAUUACUAGGAGUUUUCAAUCUUAGUUCAACAAGUUUAUUAUGAAAUUCUUUGAUAUGAAAAUUGACAUAAUUACGCUAACAACGCCGAGAUGGUUAAUGAUUUGAGAUUUGCGAAUUAUGGACAGUUUAUACCAUUAUGGUAAGUUUGCGAAUUUUAUAUUCGUUGAUAGAUAUCAAGUUCUUUUUUUUCUUUCCCUUAUAAGCGCCCGCGCGAACACACACACACACACACACACAAACACGCACAGAGCAGACACAGGUUGUUACAAUCCAUGCAACGAUCUACUACUACUCGUAUACCAUCACGUAAGAUGCAGGAUACAUUAUUCACGGUCUUUCUCCUCGAAGUAUUGUACAUACUUUUAUAAAGAACUUCGCGCAAGCGUAACAUUGAAGAAUAUGGAUCCUCUGGUCUAAGGUCUCGCGCACCGAGCAAGGCGAUGGAGCGUUACGAACGAUUGGCACGUCUUGGAGAGGGUAGUUACGGAGUCGUCUUCCAAUGUAAAGAUCGGCAUACUGGAAAAUUGGUGGCCGUUAAAAAAUUUCAACAAACGGAGGACGAUCCUCUCAUACGAAAAAUUGCGCUUCGGGAGAUACGCUUGCUAAAGAAUUUGAAACACCCAAAUUUGGUGAAUCUUUUGGAAGUAUUCAGGCGAAAAAGAAAGCUGCAUUUGGUAUUCGAAUACUGCGAACAUACACUUUUAAACGAAAUGGAGAAAUUCCCGUAUGGUUGUCCCGAUCUCAUGAUCAAACAGCUUACGUGGCAAAUUCUUCAAGGUAUUGCCUAUUGUCACCGACUCGGUUGCGUUCACAGAGAUGUCAAGCCAGAGAAUAUUUUAAUUACGGCGGAGGGUGUUGUAAAACUUUGUGAUUUUGGAUUUGCACGAAUGCUUAGUCCUGGAGAAAAUUAUACGGAAUACGUAGCAACGAGAUGGUACAGAGCACCAGAAUUAUUGGUUGGGGAUACUCAAUAUGGAACUCCCGUAGACGUUUGGGCAAUAGGGUGUGUAUUUGCCGAGUUAAUACGAGGAGAAGCUCUAUGGCCUGGCAAAUCGGACGUGGAUCAACUUUAUUUGAUAAGAAGAACUGUAGGCGAUCUAUUACCAAGACACAUUGCUAUAUUUCAACAAAAUGAAUUCUUUGCUGGUAUAACACUUCCAUCGCCGCAAAAGCUUGUACCAUUUAAGGAUGUUUUCCCUGAUAGACCCAGUACACUCUUACAGAUUGAUUUUUUGGAGAAAUGUUUGGAUAAAGAUCCAAAUGUAAGGUGGACGUGCGAGCAACUUCUACAGCAUGGAUACUUUGAAAAUUUUCAUUUUAAAAUUCCUGACGUGGAAUUAGAAGAAUUCGAAAAGCUCAAAAAAUAUAGAGAUCGUUCGCGAUUAAGUCAGGUAAAUAGUCAUGCGGUCGAAGACCAUGGAUACCGGACCGAUAAUUCGAAAUACAAUCAAAUGCUAUUACCGCAACUUCCUCAAAUGAACGUUGUCGCGCAUGGUCAAAAUGACAAUCGGCCUAAAAGCACAACCAUGCAACAUCAGCAAGGCUUCGAUCAUCUGCCUACGAUAAGAGGCUGCAAUUAAUAUUCCUCGAGAUUGUAAAGUAUAUCUACUUGUGGUUCGUUAGGUAUACAUAUAUAAUAUAUUAUAUAUAUAUACAUAUUAUCCCAUUUCUUUACGGGAUCGAUGAUGAGGACGAUGAUGAUGAUAAUGAUG